AUGAUGUUCCUAGCCUCGUUGGUUUUCUCCAUCCUGGCUUUGCCCACCACUGCUGUCUCCCAGCCCCUCGAGGAGCGCGGUUCCCCCGCUGGUCUUGGGUCCAUCACUGUACUCAACAAUAUGGGCUAUACUGUCUUUAUGUGGUCCGUGGAUGAUCAACGAGCCCCGAUGAAGACUAUUCCUCCAGGCGGCGAAUACCGGGAGACAUAUCGUCUCCACCCCAAAGGAGGCGGUAUCUCCAUCAAGCUGUCUACGUCCCCUGAUAUCACUAACAUCGUCCAGUUCGAAUACACCCAAGCUGGCGAAAAGAUCUUUUGGGAUGUAUCUUGCGUAAACACCAAACCUGGCUCACCGUUUUAUGCCAAGGGAGUCUCUCUUCAGACCUCGUCGAGCGACUGCCCCCACGCUUUUACCUGCGCGGCUGGUGAUUCCAAAUGCCCACAUGUUUACCACAAAUGGAAUGACGACCAUGCAAGCCAUGGCUGUCCUAUCCAUACCUCGUUUCGAUUCCAGCUUGGUCUGUAG